AUGGCUGAUUGUCUUGGCCAUCGACCAUUUUCCCUUAUUUCUAGUAAGUCCUCACUUGCUACGAACGAACUCUCAUCUGAACUGUGUCGGCCGCAAGUGAACUUACUGGGGACGCAAGACACCGCCCCGACAUCCGUUAUAUGUAAUUUCCAGUCUUCAUUAAUAGUCACUCCUAACUCCAUCAGACCUAGUUGUUCCAACCCUAUUCUACAAUCCACAGAUACGACACCCCAAUCCUCUUCAGAGAUACCUGCUUCCGAAAGUAAUAUUGUUAACUUUGGGUGUCCACUGUCUCAAAAAUUAUCCAACUUAUCUGCCGUCUCAUCUUUUCCGGCGCUGACAAACUCUCCCCGCCAGAGUAGCCAAUCCCAUGAGCUCGUUUCUUAUUUGCCUUCGAGCUCAUGCUGUCUUGACUCUACUAGUUUCGAGCCCCGUCCACCUGAUUUGGAGUUCGCUUGGCAGAGUUCACAUCAUCUAGGUGCAGAACAGUCCACUCCUGAUCUACUUUCGAGCGACGGGAAUCCGGCCCAUUUCGAGUCUUCCACUUCCGUCAACUGGCCCUCCGGUGCAUCUGAUCUGUUCUUCUCAUCUUCCUGUCAGCAAGCAUCCCUUGAGAAUUAUACCCUGGAAUUCCUAGAGGCGUCAUCUCAUAAGAACCGGAAUUUUGCAAGUAAUGGAGGUUCCAGCUACCAAGACCCUUCCCUGACUUCUUUUGGAUUGACAGAGAUAUCAUCCACUUCGCCUCUUAAGAAGGCCAUUUCUAAUGAACAGAACUCGUUUCCCCUUGAUUCUAUCUCUUUGGAUGAAAAUCGGUCGAAAGAAACUAUCCCUUUGUCAUCCGGCCGAUUUAUUGAUGUUGCCUCAACCUUAGAGCUCUCUGAUAAACCUUCGCUUUCGUCUCUCUCAUCCAUGCCUUCCUUGUUACUUUCGUCUACAUCUUAUAAUUCGCAACAAGUUAUUGGUCUAGAUGGCACAUCUCCUGAACAUUUGCAUUACGCUAGCCUCAGAGAAGGCUGUAUUAUUGCACCAGAUUUACCUGAAGCUUUACCUCGUCCCACUUAUUCACAUUUGAACUCACUUGACUUUCCUGCCUCUUCUGAACAUCCAGCUGUGAUUGUUUCGUCAAGUUCCUUGCCCCGUUCUGUUCCGAGUAGAGAUCUUACUCAUUCUUCAACGAUAUCUAAUGUCCACUUGGACGCCAAGUCACAAUUAAUUUCCUCCAGCUCGGUUUCCUCCGAUGUGCUCAUGGCUACUCCAUCUGUCGAUAUUCCUCCAAAAACGGGAUCAUUUUUGCUACACAAUGGGCCUAGCAGCUUCAAGAUUCCAUUUUCCACUUCCCAAUGCCCAACAUCACAUUAUUUGCUGCCAAAUUCAGACUUGAGUGAUUUGCUUGCAUCCUCGACGCAGGGAAGCAACCCAAAGAUUGCUGAAGUCAGUGAGCACAUGACCUUUCGCAAGCCGGACAAUAAUUUCGCUUUUGGCCAGGUGAGCUGCUCAUCAAUCCCUUAA